AUGUUCUCAAAUACCAAAGAAGAGGAUGUAUAUGAAACAUUUAACGUAUUAAUGAGAAGAAAGCCAAAAGAAAAUAAUUUUAAAGCUGUGCUUGAAACGAUUCGUGACCUGAUGCAGAGUGAAUUGGUUGUACCAGAUUGGUUACAUAAUAUUUUUUUGGGUUAUGGUCUUCCUGGUAGUGCUCAUUAUACUAUGAUGCCAAACCUUCCUAAAGAAAUUGACUUUCGAGAUACCUUUUUAGACUAUGAUCACCUGGUCGAAAGCUUUCCUGGAAAGGAAAUAGUUCCAAUGGAGGGUUACGAAGCGCCAUUUCCUCCUCCAUAUGUUCUUCAAUUUCCUGAAUCUUUGAAUGCCAACAAUUCAACUGAUUCUUCUGAUUCAAAACAAGAUGAGAACACGAUCAUGCUCAAGUGGAAGCAAUUAAGUCAGGAACAAAUCCAG